CACGUGAUUUUGAAGUGCGGAAGUAAAGUUGUGAUUUCGGGAAAAUUUCAGUGAAGAUUUGUUUUUCACGGGUGGAAAACAUUGGAAAAUAGCUAACCUAUAAAAUACAUUAUGGAUGACGAGGAGGAGACCUACAGACUAUGGAAAAUCCGCAAAACAAUAAUGCAGUUGUGCCACGACAGAGGCUACCUUGUGACGCAGGAUGAGUUGGACCAGACUCUGGAUGAGUUCAAGAGCCAGUUUGGGGACAAGCCGAGUGAAGGGCGCCCACGGCGGACAGAUCUCACUGUGCUGGUCGCCCACAACGAUGACCCGACCGACCAGAUGUUCAUCUUCUUUCCAGAGGAGCCCAAGGUGGGAAUCAAGACAAUAAAGAUGUACUGCCAGCGCAUGCAGGAGGAGAAUAUCACACGUGCCUGCAUCGUGGUCCAGAUGGGGAUGACGCCUUCCGCUAAACAGUCGCUAGUGGACAUGGCACCCAAAUACAUCCUGGAGCAGUUUCUACAACAGGAGCUCCUCAUCAACAUCACAGAGCAUGAGCUGGUUCCUGAGCACAUAGUGAUGACAAAAGAAGAACUGUCAGAGUUGCUGCUUCGAUAUAAACUGAAGGAGAGCCAGCUACCCAGGAUUCAAGCAGGAGACCCUGUGGCCAGAUACUUUGGACUGAAAAGAGGACAGGUGGUGAAGAUCAUCAGACCGAGUGAGACUGCUGGUAGAUACAUCACCUACAGACUGGUGCAGUAAACACACACCAGCUCUAUUAUGGACCAGAAGGAGUAUGAGAUCUGAUGAUUGCGGACAGGGAAUGACUGAAGAUGUUUCAUAUGAAGAAGAAAGAACAUGCUCUCAUCACUUUGUCUCCCAAUAACUUUUGUGAAUAAGUUGACUUGCUUACCUUUUGGCACUACUAGUUUUUUAUCAAUGUGCUUGAGGUGAUAACCUCUGCAUUUGUUGGAUUUUGUUUUUUUUAAUAACCAUUUUUAACUUCAAUGGGCAAAUGAUUUAUUUCAGAAGAAAUAAAUUCAACUGUUUUUAAUGUUGAAGAGCAAGGCAAGGUCUUUUCACAUUCGAAAAAAUGUCCCACAUGCAAUGAAAUUAACACGUUCACACAACAGCAAUAUGGUAUUCUGCUAUCCAGUCAGUGUACUAAGUUUUUCAUCAGUAGUCAACGCAUUAAAACAGUAAGUUGGCACCACUUUCAUUUCAACUGCAAUUUCCCAAAUGAAUUCCAAUUUGUAGAAUUCACUAAAGUACUUUUUCAUUUGAAAAACAAUUCCAUUUCCAUUUUUCCCAGAAGUUAUUUUUUGAAGAGUUCAGGUCCAGAGAGGGUCAGUGGGUGCUGCGGCUGAGGGUUCCUCCUCGGUCUGAUUCCACUGGUCUCUCAGUGUGGUUAUCUGGCGUCUCACCCCCGUCGUGUUUUAAGUCUGUCUUGUUGCCCUCGUCUCUCCCCUGGACUCCUCCCCCACCCCCACAGUCUCUCCCCUCCUCCCCUCCACCGUCCUAGGAGAAACACAGCAGAAACGGUUGAAUGUGAUAAACAAUAGUGUGCAUGUGUGUAUUUCCCAAGUGGCGCAGCGGUCUAAGGCACUGCAUCUCAGUGCUGGAGGCAUCACUACAGACACCCUGGUUCGAAUCCAGUCUGUAUCACAACUGGCUGUGAUUGGGAGUCCCAUAGGGCGGUGCACAAUUGGCCCAGCGUUAUCCGGGUUUGGCCGGUGUAGGCCGUCAUUGUAAAUAAGAAUUUGUUCUUAACUGACUUGCCUUGUUAAAUAAAAAAAAAUGUAAUAAUAUUUUUAAA